AUGGGUUUCCAUGGCCCUGCAGCCGCCCUACAACAACCACAACAUGGGCAGGUUCACCAGAACAUGUUGAUGGAACACCCAGGAAUCAGGACACAUCCUAACAAGGGUAGGAUACGGGAAGUAUGGAAGCACAACUUGCACGAAGAAAUGGCCGUAUUGCGAGACUUGGUGGACAAGUAUCCUUACAUUGCGAUGGAUACCGAAUUUCCAGGUGUCGUUUCAAGGCCCAUGGGAGGAUUCAGAGGGAAGAGCGAUUAUCACUACCAAUGCCUACGAACCAACGUCGAUAUGCUGAGGGUCAUCCAAAUAGGGCUCACCUUCUUUAACGAAGACGGCGAGACCCCCCCUCCACGGCCCACAAACGAUCUGAAGCUUGGCACAGCCGCUCAAAGGGCAGCGACUAAUGCUCCUUUCCCUUGUUCGUGGCAGUUCAACUUUAAGUUCUCAUUGAAGGACGACAUGUAUAACGAGAAAUCGAUCGAGUCACUUCAGCAAGCCGGGAUCGACUUUAAUGCUCUCGAACGUGAUGGCAUUGAUCCUCAUGAGUUCGCCUCCCUUCUGAUUCCUUCUGGUCUUGUCUGCUUCGAUAACGUCAAGUGGAUAUCGUUCCAUGGCGGUUACGAUUUCGGCUACUUGACCAAGCUGCUGAUCUGCUUACCAUUGCCCAACGACGAAGUCGAUUUUGACCACAAGAUGAAGCUCUACUUCCCCACGACGUACGACGUGAAGCACCUCAUGAAGCACGCCAUCAGGUUACACAACUCCGGCCUUCUUACACCCAGCGAUCCCAGUAGCACUGAGAUCCUGCAAAAGUUUGAGCAUAAAUCUGGACUUGAGAACAUUGCCGAAACCCUCAAGAUUAAACGUGUUGGCUCUGCCCACCAAGCAGGCUCUGAUUCGUUACUCACCGGAAAGGUCUUCUUCUCUAUGCGCGAUAAGAUAUUUGCCGGUGAUAUUCCUGAUGAGCAUGUUGGCAAGGUCUGGGGCUUGGGCUUCCCUGACUCAAAUUCCAGCCUUGUCAUGUCAAUGAUGAACCAGCAAAGCGGCAAUGAUGGGCAAACAAAUGGCAACGGACCUAGCACCCCUAACACGACAAAUGCUGCGUUAGCCACCACCCCAGGACCACAAGGGCAUAACGGCACCAUCAACACUGGGCCUAUGACUCCUGGUGGAGGCGGUGGUGUAUUUGGCAACUUCGCUUUCGGCGGAAACCGAUGA